AUGGCGCAAUCGGAGCUGACGAUAUUCCAAGUAUCGCUGCAACUUUUCCAGCGUAUAAUGGUUAUAAUGGGAGUGAUACCGUAUUCAAAUUACUGUAGCAGCAAACCAGAAAUGUCUUGUCGAAAGAGUUUUAUGUUGAGUUUACACUUUCUGGUAGUGUUUGCUCUGACUGGCUUCUUAAUAAAUGAACAAUUAAAGCAUGUACAAGAAGCAAUCUACAAUGUUAAUGACGUCUUUUCAUCGGUUAUAGAUGGUCUCGGCUUUAGCACUUUAAUAUUGGUUCAACUAAUAGCACAUUUGGAGAGCACCUACAAAUCAAGUAUGUAUCCGGACAUUUUCAGUAAAUUUGAACAAAUGCGAAUGUUGUUAUUACAAAAAUUUGGAAUACAGUUCGAUUUGUCAAAGCUAAAACUGUGUGUCUACAUGCUGCAAAUUCUCUUUACACUCUACUGUGGUUUGUUAUUAAUGCUAGUGGUAAUAAUGGGUCUACAGUCAACACCAGCCGUCCGAUUGAUAAUAAGCUUACACGCAGAGCUAGUGUUAAAGAUCAAAUUAUUCGAGUUUAUGUGUUUCAUUAUUGUAUUCAUAAUAAUGAUCUGUAAUGUAUGUAGAGCAGUUAAGCAGCAUUGCAAGCGGUUGGAGGCGACACGAUUUGAAAGUAGCUUUCAGCGACGUGAAUGCUUAUUAGGAUUUAUAGCACUGCAAGACUUGCAUGCUUUGCUUUGGGAGAAUGUGCAGCUGUUAACGGACUACUUUGAAUGGAGUUUACCAGGAUUAUUCGCAAAGCAGCUUAUUGACUUAACACUUUUAGCAUAUUGGGCAUUUUUAAAUCUAGAAACCGCCACAUCGAUAGACAGAGAAUUACGUUCGUAUUUUAGAACUUGUCUAAAAGAUCGUCAGAAUCUGCUGCUAAUGCGGUGCAUGCAUCGAAUUUCAAUGCAACUAUGGCAGGAAGCAAUUACAUUUGUGGCCGGAAGUUUUGUAACGAUUAACAUUGGAACACUCGGUAAAAACUAA